GUGAUCGAUUAGCGAAGACUGAUUUAACACCUACCUACCUAGUACUCCCCUGAAUCAAGCAGCUAGAUGGUAUCACAUCCUCUGCCGACUCUCAUAGAAUUAUUAUCUUUCGUUAACCCAACUCCCCACUUCAGGUUUUCUAAUGAUGGCUUCCGUGCUUGGCGAACGUUUGUUACCAUCUCUCGUAGAUGAGAUUGCACUAUCCGACCCCCAUCGUGUAUUGUAUUCCGUGGCGAAGACCAAAAAUCUCAAAGAUGGCUUCGAUGACAUAGAUGUAAAAUCAUUUGCCCGCGCUGUUGAUCGCUUCUCGUGGUACAUCGAUGAGCAUCUAGGGAAGGGUCAAGGCUUCCCAACCCUCGCCUACAUAGGUCCUCAAGAUAUUCUGUAUGCGAUAUCCGUCCUCGCUUGUAUCAAGACUGGAUAUAAGCUCCUUCUUAUCUCGACUCGCAACACGCUUGAAUCAAACUUGUCGUUGUUUGAGAAAACAGAUUGUGGGACUCUCAUAUGCCCUACCAACUUCCCCUUGCCAAUCGUCAAGCAGAUCCUAACAGCAAAGCCAAUGCGCUACUUGGAAGUACCCGCGGUAAACCACUGGCUUGAUGGUCAACUUGAAGGAAAACCGUAUCCGUAUACGAAGACAUUUGCGGAAGCUAAAGCCGAGCCAUUUGUUGUGCUCCAUACGUCGGGUUCGACAGGCUUGCCAAAACCUAUCAUACAAACACACGCCACAAUUUCACCCUUCGAUGCCUUCACAGCCUUACCGUCGUUGGGAUACCAGCCGACAUAUCCAGCCAUGUGUGCAGGCAAGAGGGUCUAUUUGUCGUUCCCCCUAUUCCACUGUGGAGGAAUCACGAUGCUUCUCCCAGCUUCUAUAUUUGCUGGUUUCACGAUAGUACUAGGACCUUUUCCGCCUUCCGUAAACGUUAUCAAUGGGGUUCAUGUCUACGGAAAUGUAGACCAAAGCUGCCUUGUUCCGACAAUGUUAAUCGACCUAGCCAAUAACCCCGAGUAUCUGCAGAAUCUUGGUAGGCUGGAACUAAUUGCAUAUGGUGGGGGCCCUUGUCCUAAGGUAGUGGCCGAACUCAUCAGCACGAAGACCAAGCUUCUCACAUCUUUUGGUUCGACUGAAAGCAGCGUUUUCCCUGCUCAACUCUGCGAUCCGGAAGAUUCAGCUUAUGUCAGCCUCAGCAAAGUAUUGGGGUAUGAAUAUCGUCCCUUCUCUGGAGACUUGUACGAGCAAGUCAUCGUACGAAAUCAAGCACUUGAGAAAUAUCAAGGGGUCUUCGGCACUUUCCCCGAAUUAAAUGAGUGGAAUAUGAAAGAUCUGUUCUUGAAACAUCCGACUAAAGAAGACCUCUGGCUGUAUAAGGGGCGGGCGGAUGAUAUUAUCGUCUUUUCUAACGGCGAGAAGCUUAACCCUCUCGACAUGGAGAGUAUAAUUGGAAUGAAUCCAAUUGUAAGGGCUGUUCUCGUAACCGGUCUUGGGCGUUUCCAAGCGAGUCUCCUUAUCGAGGCUGUUCAUCCUCCGACAAGCGAUGUUGAAAAAGAAGAGCUUCUGAAAUUCCUAUGGCCGUCAGUCCAAGAAGCUAAUAAGGAGGCUCCUUCGCACGGGCGUAUUCAUCGCAAUAUGAUUGCCUUCACAUCCCCAGAGAAGCCCAUGCUCAGAGCUGGUAAAGGAACCGUGCAGCGGAUGUUCACAGUCGAUGCAUACGCGUCAGAAAUUGAUGCUCUCUAUGGAGCGAGCAAGUUGCCCGACGGUGAGACAAUGAACAUUGCCAUAGAAAAUAACAGCGGCGUAGAAGACGCUAUCCGGAAUAUUCUCACUUCGUCUACAGACAUCGAUAUUGAUUCGCUUUCCCCCACCGCCGACCUCUUUGAGCUGGGACUUGAUUCUUUACAAGUAAUGGUCAUAGCUAGGGAGCUUAAUAAGUACCUUUCCCUUCGUGGAAAGACAGAGUCCCUAGAAAUUAAGAAUGUGUACUCGAAUUCUAGUAUCUCUGCCCUCACGGCCGUUAUUUCAGUCUUGGUAGAAGGAAGAACGAUUUCACGCGACGGAGAAACUGAUGCGCAGAAAAUGCAGAAACUCUACGAGCUCCAUGCAGCAAACAUGCCAAUUUCUGGAAGGCAAGCACAACCGCAACCUUCAGACGGUCUGGUUUUCCUGUUGACUGGAUCUACCGGGUCCCUUGGCUCGUAUGUACUUGACUCACUGCAUAAUGAUUCUCGUGUACGUCGAAUCUACUGCCUUAACCGCGGACCCAACAGUCUUCAACGACAGAAAAAGUCGCAAUCCGCCAAAGAUCUUCAACCACUUUCGGAUAAAGUCCAGUGUCUAGAUGCGGACCUUUCGAAAUCGUAUUUCGGACUCUCAAUUCAGGAGUACAGGGAAUUGAUCAAUCAAGUUACUCACAUUAUUCAUAAUGCAUGGCAGGUUGACUUCAACCUAUCUAUCGACUCAUUUGCCAAUCACAUCAGCGUCGUCCGGCGGCUCGUAGAUUUCUCAUCACAUUCUCGCUUCGGCGCGCAUCUUUUCUUUGUCUCCAGCAUUAGCGCCACCGGUGGACUAAAGGGCGUCGUCGCGGAACAGAUCUUCGAAAACUGGCAUACGCCAGGAGAAACGGGAUACGGAAAAUCCAAGUUUGUCUCCGAACGACUACUUGAUACUGCGGCCAAAAUAUCCGGAAUCUCUACCGUUGCUUGCCGCGUCGGCCAGGUGGCGGGCCCGACUUCAGCAAGUGGAAUGUGGCCCAAACGAGAAUGGCUACCGAGCUUAAUCGCGAGUUCAAAGUACCUAGGAAAGCUGCCUUCAUCUUUAGGUAGGAUGGAGACCGUGGACUGGAUUCCCGUAGAUAUACUCGGCGAAAGCAUCGUCGAACUCGCGAUCCAUUCUCCGAGUACCCCGGAAGCUGGCGCUACAGUGUACCACGCAGUGAAUCCUCAGCGCACGAGCUGGGCGGGGUUGGUAGCCACUGUUGCACAACAUCUCGCGCUGAAGACAGUAGCAUGGGAUGAAUGGAUUAAGGCGCUGCGUGAGAGCGCAUCCAAGACAGAGGAUUUGGCUGAGAAUCCAGCUGUCAAGAUUUUGGAAUUCUUUGAAAGUUUGACUAGGGUUAGCGAGGAUGACGAAUCGAUUCUCCUUGAUACGCGGGAGACGAUCCGAGUCUCACAGACAUUAGCGAACUUGGGGCCAGUCCAUGACGGAUGGAUGCAAAACUGGAUGAGGCAGUGGUCGUUUUAAGUGAUUAAAGGGCUCAACGAAGCCUACUUAUGAGCUGUAAUUGAAAGCUGAAGUUGAUUACCUACAUAUAUAGGUACCUAGUGAAUUGUUUCUUAACAAAGUGGAAUAAUG